GCCGCCGCUUCCGGGUGCGGUCACGUGGGCAACGCGUCAUGUGACCGGCGGCGCUGCGGGCAGGAGGCCAUGGCCGCCCCCCGCCCUCCCCGGGUGGUGCCGGGCGAAGCUUCCGAGAGCGACUCGGAGCCGGAGCUGCUGGUGGAGACGGCCGGGGAGGCCCCCGGAGCCGGGCUGAAAGUGCCGGGCGAAGCCUCCGAGACGGACGAGGAGGAGGAGGAGGAGCAGAGGCCGAAGACGCCGCCGGUGCUGGCGGAGGAGCCGGCGGCGGUGUGGGGGGGCGGCCCCUCGCUGCUGCAGCAGCGGCUGCGGGAGGGGACGGGGCGGCUGCGGGGCGCGGUGGGCAGCGCCCUGCGGCACAGCUACGGCAGCGCCGCCCGCAGCCUGGGCGGGCUCGGGGGAGCCCUGGGCCGGGCGCAGGUGACCGCAGCUGCGGCCGCGCACUGCCUGCGCCUGGCCCGCCGCGACCUGCGCGCCGUGGCCGAUACCAUCGACAUCGUCACUGCCUGUCACCUCCUGCCUGACAUCCGCGGGCAGCUCUGAGCGGCACCGCCGGUGGCACCGCCUUCAGCAUCCCCACUGCGGCUGGCACCAGCGGCGGCACCGACACCUGGCAGGAAUCUACGGGCAGCUGCCAGCAGCACUGCUGUCCUCGGCAUCGCCACUACCGCAUCUGCCACGGCGGGGUCAUCACCGGCAGGAUCAUCAGUGCAGCAUCCUGCCGAGUGGGGUUGUGACAUCGAAUCAUGUUUCCAGCACCCCACACUGACCCUGAAGACCUCCACCAAACAGUGGCUUUGGCACAGAGAUUGCCAGCCUUGUGCCCCUGGACCUACAAGAUCUGGUGACAUCUUCACUGCUGAUCCCUUGGCCAACUGCCACCAUCCUGAACUGCAGCCUGGUGCUGGCUUGUCACCAUUGUCCCCAAAUGCCACUGUUUUAUGUGACAUGGAACUGAAUAAAGCUGUGGUGGUGUCAGAGCCAUA